GCAAGCUCCUCCCUUGCUGACGCAGGGACGCGCUGUAGAGUCCGGACAUGCCGCUGUUGUUGGUGUGUAUGAUAUAGUAAGGUGUACAUUCUGUAGGUCAUGUACUAAAUGCUUGCACGGUGCUUUAUGCUUAUAGCUGUGUUGCUUCUGUGUGUGUUUUGAAGUGGGUUCGGGUUCUGUACAUUCUCUGCGAGGUGUCCCACUCCUGCCAGCUGACCCGCUCGGACCCGGUGGCUGUGGGUGAGAUGGCACUGAGGUUCACAGCGGCGCUGGAGUCCAGGUUAAGCUCUGUACAUCAGCCUGGAAGGAAGCUGGCCGUACCAAAGGACAGCAGCCGGGAGACGAGGUCCGUGGACUUGCAAAAUGAUAUGGUUCCUGUCCCCAAGAAUGACGCGGCAGAGCAGCUGAGGACAGCAUUGGAAGUUGUCGAGCGUGCCGUGGAGAGCGUGUCCUGGGCUCGGGCCCGAUUUCUUCCACGUGACGGGACAGCCGUGUCCGACGUGCGCCAGCUGCAGUGUGCCUGCCAUACCCUCCCGUCAGCUGGAGGGGAGGAGCCGGGGAGCAGUGGGAAGAGGAGCUCCUCUGACUGCUCCAACAUAACCUCCAUCCACAUGGACCUCCACUUGGAGCUGCUGGCUGUCCAGCACAGAUUAGCUCUCAAGCUCCUCAACACUUAUCCAAAUGAGAUGCAGCCUACUAACGGCAAGACGUCAUCCUCUGAGAACUUGGCCAGUCCUGGGGAAUCAGAGUGUGAGCGCUUGGAGAGAAUUGGGAGGAACAGGAUCUCCAAGGCCAUCUUCUUCAUGCAGAAGGCCUUGCUGUCUCACAGGAACGACACAGGCAGAUCCAAUCCCAAGGAGCUGCUGCAGGAAGCCAUGACCCUCAUUGAGAAAGCGGAGGUGGAGGAAAACAGGCUGAUCAGGAUGCAGGCCGCGCCAGAGCCAAGCAAGGCGGCCGGCGGGAAGGUUAAGGCCCCUCCUCCCCCGAUCCUGCUCUUUCGAACGCAGCAGUCCAUGAUAUUCACUCCUGCUCCCUAUGCCCUUGGCACACAGGUGUGCUGGUAUCGCCUCUACGGACGGGAGGCCACGGGCAUCAAUCUGAAAGUGCGUCUCGGUGACUCCCAGCUUCCAGGCACCGGAGAAGAGGUGCCCGCUCUGAGAGAGUGCCUGCUGCAAGUGCAGGGGCUGCAGCCCAAUCGCAGGUAUGUCUUUGCUGUGGCUGCAUGUGAUGCCCAGGGCCAACUGGUAGGGGGCGCCAUCGGGGAGACCACCCACCCACUCCUGGCCUCUCUGCCCCUGCCCACACUGAGCACAUGGGCACACCUGGCACAGGUAGCUUACCAGACUGGGAUCAAUGCCCUUGCUAAGCGGGCAUCUAGAGCGUUGUGGGAGCACUUUACCCACACUCCUCUUCCUCCACCCGAACCGGAGUCUGGCAGCUCCGCAGACCGGCUUGCCCAGACACGGCUGUGUUUGGGCGCACUGGAGAAUGCCUCCCCUGUUCUCCUCCGCCUCUUCCUCACCUCCAUCUUCAUGCAGACAGAUAUCCAUGUCCAGGAGAGGGCGCUGUACUGUGACAUGCUGAGUGAUGGUGGACCCUUGAUUUGGGGACAGGAGGCGAGGCUAGCUGAGUGUGAACGUUUUCUGGUGGCAAUAGACCUGGCCCUUUGGCUGGAAGACAGUGGAGCCGCCCUUCAGGCAGUGGUGGGAUGCUACGGGCUACUAACCCCAUUCAUAUACCACAGAAUCCAGUCUCAGGCUGCUGUACAGGUGCUGAUAAAGUGCUUAGUGGUGCUGCAGGAGAUCCCAGGAGAGCUUCAGCAAAGGCACUCUGCCGCCACCGCGGAUUCACUCUUGCACAUGGUGGCCUGCAUGACCUACUACGUGACCAAGGUGCUGCGUCUCUCGCAGCAGUACCGCACGGCCUCGGCUGUGGUCGAGCUGGGCAGGACACUUCUGCAAGAGGCUGCACAUGCAGGGGUUUCUGGUGGACCUGAGCUAGGUCCCUCGGAGACCCCCCAGAGGGAUGCAGGCAGCGGCCCGACUGACGAGGAGCCCAGCAAGCAGCUCCGGGCUCUGGAAGCCUGCACAGCGACGAGCGGGGGGGUGGCCGACUCCGGGCCAUGUGACCUCCCUUCCUCCAGUAGCGAGAACCAAAACCUGACUGGACUGGAGGAACCAGCCCAGGUGUAUUCAGUGAUCAACAGCAGCUCCCUAGAAUCUGCCUGCAGAGAGGUGAUGAAGUUUCAGCAGAAGCCUGACUUCCUGGAGCUCGCAGUGCACCUGCUGCAGAGGGGGGUGCGGGAGGAUCAGCUGGAGCUUGUGCUGCAGUGGGGGAAGGAGCUUUUGUUGUGGCUUAGCAGGCAGGAUGAGGUUCUCACCGGGAAGAAGAAGAUCAGCAAAGCAGAGAUGAAUAAAUACACAUCCUCCCUGAUCCCGUACAGCAAGAAACCAAAGACUGCCGUUUUGAGGACUGACCGUAAGAGGACGGAGAAGAAGCAGGUGUCCAUACCUUGGACCCAGAUCACGGGCAGGGAGUCCCAGGAAGUGAAGGCUCAGCUGAAGCACGCGGCCGUCCUCCUGCAGCAAAACCGCCGGCGGAGGCACCUGCGCCAGCUGUGCUUGGAGCGGGGGCCUUGGCGCUGCCAGCUCAACCUGAGCCUGGCACUGGCACACAUCACCCUGCUGCGGCGAAGCUUGGAGCGGGGGUGCGGGCCCCGUCCCUGGCACAGGUACAGCCACUUGGACUCCAUCAGCUUCUCUCUGGCACAUGUGGGCACCCUGCUGAAGUGGAGGAACAGACCACCAAGCCACCAACCUCUCAGAUUCCCCCCACUGCCCCUCAGGGCCGUCCCACAAGCUUCCCGCCGAAAGCCCAGGCCGAAUGCCGGUGCCAGGGGAGGAUCAGAGGAAGAACCAAACCACGCAGGUGUGGGCACACCCCCGCUGCCCUCCCAGAUGACUUACGAUGGUGGCGAGCGGUCCGGGCUCUCCGAGCCCCCAGAGUCCCUGAUGAAAGCUGCCAUGCACUUCAGGAGGGCCAUGGUGCUGGCCCACCGCGGGGGGCUCUGGACAUCAUUGCAGUGGACCUGUCAGGUGCUGUGGGACCAGGCUGUCAUCGUCACCCAGUUGGUGGAGCGGGGGCCCUCCCAGGACCAGCCAGCCCCCCUGUCCUUGGACCAGCUGUACAGUGUUCUCAGCCCUUUACUAGUUCUGGCUACCGAUUUGCUCCUGGACAUGAUGGUCAAGCUGCAGCUGUGGAAGGCCUUUGAGGAGGAGGAGGAUGAGAUGGAGACCAGCCUGCAUUUUUCCUCCCCAGUGGAUGAUGGCACACUGGUGGACUUCCACUGGAUGAAGACGCUCACUCUGCACACCCUGCAGCUCCUUUUCUUUCGGGGGAAGUGGGAGACCCUGGCCCACCUGGCUCUCCUGUUCAGCAGUGUGACACGGGAGCGUUACACCCACAUAGUUACGCCCCUGCUGGUCCACGCCCAGUGGCAGCUGUUGGAGAGGGUGGAGCAGUUCGGGGGGCCAUCAGCUCCCCAGCCACACUUCACAAGAACAGAAAGGAUCACAGGCGAGAAGGUCACCUGCAGGAAUUAUACAUGGAAGCAGCUACUAUCGGGAGGGACCGCCGUGGCAAAGGCGACGCCCAGCACCUCAGAGCUGCAUCGGGCCCUCAUGCUGGUCUCCGUGCCCCUGGACGUGGAAAACUCCCUGUGCUGUUUCCGGGAGAUGGUGGGGCUCACCAGCUACGCGCUGAGAAGCUUCCGGCACAGUCGAGAACUGCUGCUGCUGGCGCUGGCCGGCACACAGCCCGACAUGGACGCUCCAUUCUGCGGGAAAGGUCAGUCGCAAGGCAGGGUGGAGUUCAGAGCGGCUGCCGAUGCCACCGCGACCGCGGGCCCUCCUGACGUCUCCAGUGAGGACUUCAGUACCCUGGCUUCUGUCUGCAGCUGCCCCCUCGGCCCCGCUGAGCUCCACACCAUCAUCUCUUCCUACAACAGCUCCAUCAAAUACCUCCAGGCCAAUCGGCUGAACUCCCUCAGCGUCCUGGCCCUGCAUGACCUGGGCGAUCUGCAGUUCUUCAGAGGAAACAAACGUGCCGCGCUGGCUUGCUGGAGCAAAGCUUUGGACGGGGCCCUGCAGUCCUCAGGGGUCCUGGGCUCUUGGGACGGGGUCUCCUGGAGCGGCGUCAGUCCCCAGGAUGUCCUGCGUCAGGCUGGGGUUUGGGGCUGCCUGCAGGGAGCGAUACUGUCUGCUAAGAUCUCUCAGUAUCUCAUGACCUCUGACCUCAGUCAGCGCACACACUGCUGUCUGCUCUCCGUCCUGCUCUUCAAGAGGCUGCUAGGAGCCUCACUGCCUCACCCCCAGCAUGACUGGCAGUACUCUACCUACGUACCGGGCCAGGAGCUGAUACCAGGCCUGGAGCUGUUCUCCGAGCCAGGCCGGGCCCACCUGAGCACGGCUGUGGCCAGCUUGGCCUUCCUCAGCCACUGGUUAUACGGCUGUGGGCACUUCCUUGCGGCUCUGCCCAUACUGUGUCUCUUCCUGCACUUGGUUGGAUCGGUGUGUCGGGACUCGCGCCGCACAGUUAGUGGUCGAGUACUGAAGGUCCAGGUGCUGACUGAGCUGAGCAUGUUCAGUGCUGCCGUGAAGGAGCUGGUCGGCCUGGUUCGGGGAGAGAACAUCCCACAGCCUCACGGCAGUUUCAUUGCAGUGGAGAAACAGGAGGUUAUGAAUUUUGAUGACAGCAAGCCCCUCCUGGAGCCAUGUAACCUGCAGGCUGUGGAGGAGCUGGUGAACAGAGGCAUGAGCUCAGACAUUUCCCUGCUGUUUGGCCCCAAGCUGACCAGGAGACUCUGCCUGGCCAAGGCCCAGCUUAUCCUUGCCCUCUGCAGCUCCAUUCACAGCCUGCCUGAGGUCCUGGGAGAAGGAGACGUCAGCACCUGUGGGCUCAGGACUUCACCGGUCAGUGACCAGGACAACAGUGGCCAGGAGGACACCUCUGCCAAGGAGCCUCAUGGCCUCCAGCUGGACCAAGAGGGCGAGAAACUGACCCCUGGAAUCGUCAAGGCCUUGCUUCUGAGAGAGGCUAAAGGCAUCCUGACCUCCCUACCAGCCAACGAGGAUAUGCUAAUGGUAGAUGUGCAGGAGCUGGAGAUGGCCAUAGAGACAAGGCUGCUGCUGUCUGCCCUCUCCCUUCAGCAAGGCAGAGCUUCGCUCAGUGCAGACUGGGCUGUGUCAGCACUUCGCCUGCUCCAGGACUCCCCCCUGCUGGAGGAAAAGAGCCCUGCGACCACUCACAGACCACGCUCUUCUGUCCAGCAGGACAGUCGCUGGCUGCCAGAUCCUUACGAUGUUCCCGAGGCUGUGGAAGCCCGUGAGAGAAUGGGGGUGCUGUGGCAGCACUGUCGGCUGGCCGCUGUCCGGGCCCUGGCUGCACAUAUCCCCGGAGCUGCUAUUCACCCAGGUGUGGACAGCAGUGCGGAAGCAGCCCGUCUCCUGGAAGAGGGGAUUCAGGAAGCCAAGGCCUGGGGAGACCCUGACAGCAGAGCUGUCCUUCUCCUCCAGGGGGCACUGUUGGACACGCACAGAGGGAGAGCCAAGGAGGACAGCCUGUCGCUGCUGCAGGAAGCAGUCCGCCUCCUGUCGGGACGCAGCAGCCUGUCUCUCCGCUCCUCGCUCACGCUGGCCGGCGCCUCCCUGCAGCUCGGUGACCUUAGGGGCGUGGGGAGCCGUACCCUCUACCUGCUCGUCCAGAAGCUGCUCCAGAAGCAGCUCUCUGCCCUGGGAGAGUCCAUUUCUCUUAGAGAGGGGGGCCAAGUUCUCCUGCCCAGCAAGCUGGGAAUGAGAAACAUCUAUCUGCCACAGCUCCCCCUGCUGGCUAAGGCUACCAUGCGCCUGGGACAAAGCCUGCUGCUGGAGGUAGCAAACUCAGCCAGUGCCGACCAUAGCCAGUGGGAGUCAGCCCAGAACCUUUUAGACUCUGCAGUGGUUCUUUCCCGAGUGUCUGCAAGCAGGGACAGAGAGCUGGAAGCCAACAGCCUUUACAGCAGGGGGCUGGCAGAGUCCCGGCUGGCUGUGCUCGGCCAGCGUCAGCCCCAGGGCGCAGUGGACACCUUCCUAGAGGCCAUCGCCAUUACACAGGCUCGCGGCCACAGCCUACGGUUAACGCGCCGGUGUUACCUGGAGAUGGCCUUGCUGUACCUGUGGCAGUGGCAGGUCACGCCUCCGCAGGAAGAACCGGACUCAGAUACUGCGCCUACAGCCAGAGAGAAGCAGCAGGAGGCUCCCCAAAGCACUGGUCCGCCUCCCCUGCCCACAGCCCAGACACCAGAGGAUCUCCAGGGCCUUUGCUGCUGGACCUGUGUGAGAGCAGCCUGCCAGGUCAGCAAAUCCCUCGCCUGCCCAGUCCAGCUCCACGGGGUCACCAGUGGCCACCUGCAGGCCACCGCACUGAAGCUGCUACCUGCCUUUGUGUCUGACGACCUGCUCUGCCCCUGUGGGGGGUUUGGUGAACCAGCUGGAACCAGUCCUGGCCCCUUGCCGCUGACCUGGGUGCACUUGGCUCACUACCACGCCCGCCUUGCCAACCUACACCACACCGCUGCCCACCCAGUGACGUCGGAGUAUUUGGAGGACCUAUGUUCAAUAGCCAUGGACACCAGUCUGGCCCUGAAACUGGCCCAGCUGCACAGUUUCUUAAGUAUAUUCUUACUGUCCUACAGGGGGCAGUGUUGUGCCCCCGAAGCCCCCACAGCCCUUCUAAUGUCCAGUGCUGCCCAUGCUAAGCCACAGUUGGCUCCCCUAGAGGACGUUGCCCUGGGGCCCGUGCAGCUACCCUGCUGGGCUGGUGCUGAGGACAAGCAGCUCUGUAUGCAGUGGGUCCAACCAGCACUAGAUUGGUCUCUGCAGAACCAGAACUUGACUCUGCUCAUCUUUGCCUUCAGCAUGGCCCCAAUCUCUGCCCCAGCUCCAGCAGCCAGUGUUGUGUCAGGGCUGCGAUGUGGCCAGUUACGUGUCUGCCAAGAUGGGCUGGAGGCCAUACACACCCGGCUUCGCUCCCUCUGUGCCACGGUGAACAUGUCCCCCUCCGCACCCCUCAGCAGCCUGGUAACCCCUACCCCAAAGCUAGAGAGGGAGCAUAAGGCCAGGACCCAGGACAAGAGGGCAGCCCCGGAUUCCCACAUGUUGGAGCUGCAAGAGGAGAUCACAGGCUGCCUUCUUCAGAUCCAAUCCCUGCUGAAGCCCAGCUCAGAUCCGGCUGUCAUCACAGUGGUCCCAUUCGAACCCAGUCGGCAGAGCCUUGGAGACCUGGAACGCUGCUUCAACCCCAGAGGGGGUGCUGUGGUGUCAUCAGAGGUGGCAUCAUGGCUGGCCUCCCUUCUGCUCUGAGCUGUUUAAUGUAAUGUCUUGUUUAGUACUGUAGGGAUGCAAGAGUGAGCUGUAGUCCAUUGCCUGAAUUAUUAGUGCUGACAUGACAGUAAGAGCAGAGGUGGAAAUUUCAGGUCCAGAAAAUAAAAAUGCAGACCAGCCACAGAGUACACAACUGAAUGGUUAAAACAAAAUGUUGGCCUAGAUUUUUACUUUCUGGAUCUGAAAUUUCCACCUCUGAGUAAGAGGAAGGUUAUUGGUUAGUGAUAAUGUGCCGUCCCGUAAGUGGCCAGAAAAAUGCUGAGUGACGAGCAGAACAACCCCCCGCUGUGCCAGACUGUAGGCAUAAUGCCACAUCCCGGCUUGCGGUUCCUGGGAAUUCCCUAGCAAGCUGGCUCCAGCAGCCGCCCCCCCCGAUCUGUUACUUAGACAAGACUGAACCACAGAUGGUGUGUCUGGGGGGAUGCUGAAAUUUCAUCUCUAAUAAAACCAGUUUGAUUAGCAUCUAAUGAAGCAUUGUGAUUAGGAAAGCCAUUGAUGAGGGUUCUGUCCUUCCUACCUUUCCUUUCAGACUUGCUUUGGCUAUAUAAGCACAUAACCAUAAACUGAUGUGAUCCCACACUCACUGAUAAUAACCUCACACAUUGCUGCUAGGCAUCGAUCAGAACAUUGGAACUGGUGCAUCUGAUCAAAGCACUGAACACUGUUCACCAAUCCCCAUUGUCUUAAAAAAGUUAGAAAGUUUGCCUAUAUUCACAGAUAUACUGCUUAUCAAGAACAUUGUCUGGGCACCAGGAUUACAUUACAAACAUUACACAGGAGUGCAUUUUUGUAAUUUAGAUCUGUACUGACAACACUAUGUAUUGGAUUUCUGCCCUGCACAACAACAAAGAUCAAUUUUUGCUCACAUUAAGACAGCUAUAGGAUUACAUUUAUAAAUGAGUCAGAUGAAUUAUUGAUUUUGAACAAAAACGACUUGACUUGCAUAUCUAUGGUCUUCUGCAUCCGUCUUUGAAAAACCACAGAUAUUUGGAUCAGUGGUAGAUAAGAAAAUAUCCCAGUGAUCUUUAUUUGUCUGUAUUAUUCUGUUCACAUAUAUUUCACACUGGACAUAUUUCAAGUUUUAUCACAGGCUUUGCUACUGAAUGGUCAUCUUUUCACGUGAAUCUCGUGCUUUAUGUAAGCCAUCUGAUUAUUGUGUUUCAUUGUAUUUCCAUCAUGAAAAAGCAAUAUUGUCGUAACGGAUUUGAUCAUUAUCAAUCAGAGCGUGAAUAAACAACAAAGAAAUGGCG